AUGUCUCCAACGACGCAGCCAACCCUAACUGACGACGCCUUCGCCGUGUUAACCCUCCGCAACCUGAUCUUCGACAUCUGCAACCAGAAUGGCGGAGGUCACGGCGGAUCCGCAAUUGGGAUGGCCGCCAUUGGCGUCGCGCUCUGGAAGUACAUUAUGAGAUACAACCCGUCGAACCCGGAGUGGUUUGAUCGUGAUCGGUUUGUUCUGUCGAAUGGCCACUGCGCCAUGUUCCUCUACGCCAUGAACCAUCUUACGGGAUAUGAUGCGUGGACGAUGGAUGAGCUCAAGGGCUACGCCGACGCGAAGCUAAACGGGUAUACCACACUUGCCCACGGACACCCUGAGAUCGAGUGUCCCGGCAUCGAGGUUACAACGGGUCCCCUCGGCCAGGGAAUAGCAAAUGCCGUGGGUUUAGCGAUUGCGUCCAAGAACCUAGGUGCAAGAUUCAAUGAGCCCGGUUUCGAGGUUGUGCAGUCUCGAAUCUGGUGCAUGACUGGCGACGGAUGUUUGAUGGAGGGUGUUGCGAUGGAGGCAAUCUCCCUAGCCGGCCACCUCCACCUCGACAACCUCGUUCUCAUCUACGAUAACAAUGCCGUGACGUGCGAUGGCCCACUCAGCUGGAUCAACGACGAGGAUAUCAAUUCCAAGAUGCGUGCGUCUGGCUGGGCUGUUCUGGAUGUUCUCGACGGGUCCCAUGAUGUCCAGCCGAUUCGCGCGGCGCUGGAACACGCGAAAAAUCUCAAGAGGAAGCCUGUUUUUGUGAACAUCAGGACAGUCAUUGGAGUCGGCACUACAGUUCAAGGAACAGCCAAGGCUCACCAUGGCGCAUUCGAUGUCGACAGCGUGGCUGCCUCGAAGAGGUUGGCGGGUCAGGAUCCCAGUACUACUCAUUCACCAGCGGAGCGGGGUUUGGCCUUCUUCAGAGAAAGAAAAACUCAUGGCGAGGCAGUUGAGAAAGAAUGGAGUCGCCUCGUCAAGGACUAUGAGGCGCGAUACCCCGAGAAGGCAGCUCAGUUUGCCCGACGUCGGGCCGGAGACCUCAACAGCAGCCAAAUUACCGACCUCUUAACUGCCCUCAGCAUCGACCAAUUCAAAGACAUGGCGACGCGCGAAGCCAACGGACUCGUCUUACAGAAACUAUGGGAGAAGUGUCCUGCGCUCUGUGGUGGAGGGGCGGACCUAGUCACGUCGAACAAGUUCCUCUACUCCGAGACAGAAGUUUUCCUGCCGAGUGCGGGGUUCGAGGGUCGCUAUAUCCGGUACGGUAUCCGUGAGCACGCGAUGGCUGCCAUCUCGAAUGGGUUGGCGGCGUAUGGCCCAGGCACGUUCUUGCCUGUUAUCGCGACGUUUUUGAUCUUUUAUCUCUAUGCCGCCCCUGGCGUGCGGAUGGGUGCCCUGAGCCACCUUCCCACAGUCCACAUCGCGACGCACGACUCAUUCGCCGAAGGCCAAAACGGCCCCACCCACCAACCCGUCGAAAUCGACAGCCUCUUCCGCGCAACCCCAAACCUCACGUACAUCCGGCCCUGCAACGCCGAAGAAACAAUCGGCGCCUGGAUGUACGUUUUCAGCGAUGCCGCACGCACGAGCCCCACGAUGCUCUCGAUUGCUCGGGACCCCGUCGGCCCUGUACCGAAUACCGAUCGGUUUGCUGUUGCCAAGGGGGCGUAUGUGCUUGUUGAGCACGCUGAUGCGGAUUUGACCCUUGUGGGCUGUGGGAGCAGUUUGCAUCAUGUUGUUGCUGCCGCGAAGAUGUUUGGUGCGGAAGAGGAGGGUGGGAUCAAGUGUCGGGUUGUUAGCUGUCCAAGUUUUGGGCUAUUUGAUCAGCAGCCGAGGGAGUAUCGCGAGAGUGUGUUUUUGCUUGAUGGGAAGCCGAUUGUUAGUGUCGAGGAGUAUGUGGCGACUACGUGGGCAAGAUACGUUACGGCCAGUGUGGGAAUGACCUCGUAUGGGUACUCCGCCUCCAAUGAGAGCAACUACGACAGGUUCGGGCUUGAUCCCAAGGGGAUCGUUCGCCGGGUCAAGGCCUAUUUGGCAUUCCUGGGCGGGAGGAAUGCAAGAAGUGCGGGAUGGCAAAGCAUUUAG